AGCGGGGGUGGGCGUAUGUGUUGUGUUGUCACAUGGUAUGGAGGGGGCGUGUCAGCUUAGGGAACGAGAAGGAUGUGGGCGGGACUAGCUUGACAGGAGCUGUGUCCCUGCACCUGAGCUCAUUCAGUGAGAAGCUGCCGGCGCGGCGGGACCAGGGAGCUCAGGUGUCUGUCCCUUAUCGCCCGCAGCCAUGUCCGUCACCGCCCGCCCCUGGCUCCGGCCCGAACCCCACUCUGUCAGCAUGCCGGCUUGGAAGCGAGAGGUUCUGGAGAGGAAGCGGGCCAAGAAACAGGGCGUACCUGCCGCAGCCCCGGUGCCUUGGAGCCGGGACGGGUCGCCCCAUCGCAGGCGCUCUGACAGGGGUCGCAGCUCCGGGAGAAAAUCCAGCCCUGGGGCCGGCAAGGCAGUGAGGGCCCCCAGUCCUGCAGCAGCAAAGGCAGUGAGGGCCCCCACUUCAGCAGCAAAGGCAGUAAGGGCCCCCACUUCAGCAGCCACAGUCAAGGGAGUGAGGGCCCCCAGUCCUGCAGCCACAGUCAAGGGAGUGAGGGCCCCCAGCCCAGUAAAGUCUGCCAGAUCUCCAAGCCCAGCAGCGGUAAAGCCCGGCAGGACCUCCAGCCCCGUAGCCGCCAAGCCGGUAAUGGCCCUCGGUUCCGCAAAACCCGCCCCCGUGAAACGGAGAAGCGACGACGGCGAGCGACUGGUCCUGCAGGAGAGCCUGGGGCCCCUCCAUGAGAACCCCUUUAUCCGACUCGAGCAGGAGCGCAGGCGAAAGCAGCCCAGGGAACCCUCCCCGGCCCCCACCCUGCUGGAAAUGUAUAGCAACGUGCCGGGCAUCCGCACCAUCCGGGCCGAGAACAUAAUCAUCAUCGAGUCCGACCCUGGGUAUUUCAGCGGGACUAAGAAGCAGGAGCCCCACGCCGACCCCGUGGAAGCGCUUCUGGCCAAGAGCGGGAGCAAGGUCACUGCCAUCAGGGCUUCCGAGGUGGUCAUUUACGAGACCCAAGAGCCCGGGCCCCAGAAUGUCGAGAAGGAGAGCAGCGAAGUGCAGGAGGAGGCUGGGAGAGUGAGUAGGUUGCUGGAAAAAUUCGGCCAUGGCCACGGCAGGCCCCCGAGGUCUAGGAGUUGGGACGAUAUUCUGGAUAGAAGGUCCAGCCCAUCCCGAGAUGAUAGCGAUAAGAUGCCAGCUUUGCCAAAACAGACAGCCCCACAGAGGCACAGCCAAGCCACGGUUAACAAGGCCCCCAAGCGCUACGGAGAAAUCUCCCCUUCAUCCAAUUCCUUCUCGGAGGAGGAAAGUAAACGCUUCCCACUUAACGACCCCUCGUGGCUACCUUCCAAGCCUGUCCUUACCUCCUCUGCUCUAUUGUAUAAAAAGCCUUCCAGCCCCACAAGCUCUCCAGUAACGUCACCUGGUUUAUCACCUUUUCCACUCUCUUCUCAUAACGAUACAGACGAGAAAGUUGUGUCACCCAGCGUGGCAACCUUCAGGGAAAGGUUUGAAGCCGGCUCCACUGCAGACAAUCUACCCCUACCCAAACCGCUGAAUGCCACAAAGAAGUCUGGAAAUAACACCUUCAUUGUCUACCCAAAGGCUGCCUCCUAUACCAAGGCUAAACCUUCAGAGACAGUUGGAGUACAGCCUAGCGAUGCCCCGGUGCUUACAAAUGGUUAUGUCGACCAUCCUGAUGGGAACCCUAAGCCUAAAGCACAGGUCAGUGUCCAAGAUCUCCUAUCCAAAACUAAGUAUAACCGGACCUCUUCUGCAGAGAGGGCCAGUGAGGAACACAGAAAAGUGCCAUCUGCCAGUGUUUCCGCAAAUCAUAUCUCCAAGGUUGACAACUCAAGGAGGCCAAAGUCCGAGGCAGACAUUUUUAAUAGUAAUUCCCCUCUAAAGUCUAGUGCCACUCAAUCAGAAACCACUUUAGCUGAUCAAUUUAAACCCACUUUGGCCAGUGCCACCCCUAACCAACAAAACAAGGUCUCCUCCUCCACCAGCAGUAACAGUUCCUUUGAGAUCAGGCCCGCCGUAAUAACCGAUCCCAGCAGCAUCCCAGAAGGGGACAUCCAGGCAAAGGCACUAGCAAAUAUCCGAAUGCAGUCUAGAAAUUCUUUUGUAUUCAUCCCAAAGAAAAGCAACCCCCCUGUAUCAAAAGAAGACCGCCACGAGGUGCAAAAAUCUUCCAAAGAAAAGCCAAAAGUCAAUGCACCCACCACUAAUGGCCCUAAAUUAGAUUAUAGAGACUUUCCUAGAGACAACGGUAUACUGUCAAAUGGACUGCCUCCAUCUCAGACACUCCAAGAAAACACUGGUAACGAUAUAGAUAGGAUUCAACUGGAAGUUAAUGGUGGGACCCAAAAAGCAUGCAGUGUGCCCUCACUUUCAGACUUUGAUUGGCAGAGUGGUCUUUUGCCAUCUCAUUCUUCCACAGAAGGCCAUUCUUUUACCGACAAAGGGGCAGAACUAGAGUAUUUAAGUAGUGUACAUCAAAACAAUAAGGUGGCCCACAUUCAGGACAACGUCCACCUUACACCCGAUAUCCCUAUCACAAAUAUAGACGAUAUAGUGAAUUCAGACGUAACGGAUGGGGGCGUUCAGGCCAACAUUACCGUCAAUGGUAACGAUUCCCCAUUGCCUUCUUACCGGCCUCACACUCCGCUGUCCUCUUCUGUCCACAACAAAUCUGGCAACACCUUCACUGUAGUGCCGAAAAGAAAGCCAAUUACAGAACAGGAGCCCUUACCAAGACCCGUGCUAGAGGAAGAUGAAGAUGUGAGCUCUAAAAGGAAAUCUUUGGACGGGAUUGAGACCCCCUAUUCUGAAAUUGGAGCAAUGCUCAAGAAGCGAUACCCGACGGCGGAUGAAAUUCAAGUGGUCGGGGGGUACCAGUCGCUGUCCAAAUCUUGCCUGUCUAAGAAUGGGUCAACAAGGAAGAAGAUGAAGAUCACGUUCAAUGAGCAGAACAUACACAAGGUGUUCGAGUACCCGUCGGAGAACUCUCUAACAGAGGACACCGGGGAGGAGGACGGGAACGAGGCUUCGGGCUCAGAGUGUGAGGAGGAGGAGCCGUCCGAGCGCUUCUUUCCCCGCGCAAAGUUUGGCUCCGCCUCCCAUAACGCAAACUCAGGUCUGUCCGAUUACACCCUGAAGCACACAGAGUACGGCAGUGGGGCCCCCCAGCACGGCAAGGCUCCGGGGGAGGACACGCUGAGUCUGGAUGAAAGCAGCAAGCUGGCGCUGUACUUCUAGGGGACCCACCCUGUACCCCCAAAUCACUCCAGCGAAACCAAGCACCUUCCGAAGAGACAUCACUGCCCAGAGCUCCGGCCCGGAUUGGAUCUUUCCAAGGACAGGACCUUGGCCGAGCUGCAAAGCAUCAUGGGAAAUGCAUUUACAUGUAGACUGACCCAAUCCCGUAUCACUGUGCGCUUCCCGCUGUAUCUAUGCACCGGCGGGCCCCUCCCCCUGACGGAAGCCAUAGGAACCGCCCCCAAUCACUGGCGGCUCUGUUAAUUAUAUUAAUUAGCGAGCUGCUCGUCUCCAAACCCCCUGAGUGCGUCUGUAAGCUCCGCCUUCUGCCUAGUUUGUAUGCGUUUGUAUGUGGCCCCCCCGAGUGAGUGGGAUAGGGGUGUAGCUGCGCUACUAUGAUUGGGGGGGUAAUAUAUAUAUAUAUCUCUAUUUAUAAUGAUAAUAAAAUGAUACUAAUCUAAUAGUGAUCCUGCACUGGCACAGCCAACUGCCCCUGUAUUGCCCCCACCCAGCACUGCGCCCCGCUAUAGGGAUCUCACAGGGGGGCAAUGUGGCAACUGCCCCUGUAUUGCCCCCACCCAGCACUGCGCCCCGCUAUAGGGAUCCCACGGGGGGGCAAUGUGGCAACUGCCCCUGUAUUGCCCCCACCCAGCACUGCGUCCCGCUAUAGGGAUCCCACGGGGGGGCAAUGGGGCAACUGCUCCUGUAUUGCCCCCACCCAGCACUGCGUCCCGCUAUAGGGAUCCCACAGGGGGGCAAUGGGGCAACUGCUCCUGUAUUGCCCCCACACGGUACUGCGCCCUGCUAUAGGGAUCCCACGGGGGGGCAAUGGGGCAACUGCUCCUGUAUUGCCCCCACACAGCACUGCACCCUGCUAUAGGGAUCCCACAGGGGGGCAAUGGGGCAACUGCUCCUGUAUUGCCCCCACACAGCACUGCGCCCCGCUAUAGGGAUCCCAUGGGAGGGCAAUGGGGCAACUGCUCCUGUAUUGCCCCCACACAGCACUGCGCCCCGCUAUAGGGAUCCCAUGGGGGGGCAAUGGGGCAACUGCUCCUGUAUUGCCCCCACACAGCACUGCACCCUGCUAUAGGGAUCCCACAGGGGGGCAAUGGGGCAACUGCUCCUGUAUUGCCCCCACACAGCACUGCGCCCCGCUAUAGGGAUCCCAUGGGAGGGCAAUGGGGCAACUGCUCCUGUAUUGCCCCCACACAGCACUGCGCCCCGCUAUAGGGAUCCCACAGGGGGGCAAUGGGGCAACUGGCCCUGUAUUUGCCCCCACACAGCCUGCGCCCCGCUAUAGGGAUCCCACAGGGGGGCAAUGGGGCAACUGGCCCUCGUUGCAGGGAGUCAUAGUUCAUCUCACGGGAGGAGUAAAGUCCCCUCGUUAUGCAAAUGAAUGAGUUAACGAGUAACCCGUCAGCUGACUGCCCCUGGCAGCUUGGUACCAGCCCAAGGAAUAACUGGUUAAUCAGUUAAGGGAUUGGCCCUGGCCUGUGUCACAUGGUACCGCCUAUAAAGUGCCACCUGGGGUGGCAAGGGGUUAAUCAGUACCUGUGGCAGUUAAUGGCUCCAGUUACCCCCCUGUGUAUGAAUCCAGGGGCAACUCCCAGCGAGCCACAAACUGCCCCCCGACCCCAGGAUCAUGUGACUCCAUGAGAUUAUUUAUUAUUUAAUAAGAUUUCCAGGUCAGUCCGUAUACACUCCGGUAUUGCCUCCUUCACUCCUUUAUUACUGGGGGGCAGUGCAGAGUUGGGGGGCUCCCCUAUAUGGGUAUAAGCAGUGGGGUCUCCUGGGAUUCUGCAUCCUACAUACGUUGCUGUCAGAAGUAGGGCCCCGAACUGUGGGACUGGGACCCCGAAACCUGUGCGGCUUUACCCUGAACAGUAUGGGCUGUACCUCGUGGGGGCUAAGCUGUGUACCCCAAUAUUCAGUAGUAAUCUGCCUUACUAGGCUUUGCUCCCAUCUUAAACCUGUGUCUCUCCAGCUGCUGCUAAACUACAG